AAUACACAUUACAAUUAGUUUUAUGUGAUAUGUUAGUGGGUGUAAAGAUACUGAUAAUAAGUGAAUAAACAAUUUUAGGGCUCUCAGAAGCCUUUGUUAAAAGGAGAGAUGAUGAUGAUGAAACCUCUAGCUGCUUCAUAUCACAUAACUCAAUACAACUGAAAUUUGUAAAUACUGAACUUAUAUUGCAAAGUUUUAAGCUUUUGCAAGGUAAAAAAUUCAGUGCUUUCCUCAAAGUAAAAUAAGUGCAACAAGCAUGGAAAAACCUAUAAACUAGCCAGAAGGAUGUCUCCAGUCGUCAUUAUUGGCAAUGUGCGCAACACAAAGUUAUCAGCUGUAACAGGAAGACAUCAAAUGUACUCUCAAACGGACAUGAUGAAAUCAUGUGACCAAAAACACCAAAUACAGGAAACAGAAGUAGCAUUUUGUCUUUAGCUAAAUUAACUGAUAAAUAUGUGCUUGUUUGAACAAACCAGAAUAACCAGCUUUCAACAGCCACACACCUCCUGAAAGACUUAUAGCACAGACAGCAGUGAAGCUGCAAUGCCUGGUCAUGUUGGAGGAGAGCAAAGAACAUGAGGACAGGAGCAGUAACAUUGUCAAGUUUCCCAACAACGAAUUCUAUACUGCAAUUAUCGAUGAAGACUUGGGACGUAUAGAGGACAUGUCAAAAAAGUAUGGGAGCAACUUUCUUAUCGAAACACAAGGCGGUUCACCCGGGGAAGUUCUGUGGAAGGGCCUUGCUACUCUUCCCCUUCAUCUGGCUGCCUCUUACAGAAGAGUGAAGAGCAUGCAGAGCCUGCUGUCAGCAGGGGCGGACCCUGAAAUGAGGGACCGGCUCGGUCGAACCCCUCUGCAUUUGGUGAUAGCCAGUUGGCCGAGAAUCCUAACUACUACAAAGUCAAGCUCAAAGUUCCAGAAUGCUGUAAUUGGCAUGCGUAGGCAAGCAGAGGCCUGUCUACGGCUCCUCCUUGAGCACGGCAUCAACGUCAAUGCAAAGGUUGAGGGGAGUCAACAGACGGCUCUCCACCUUUCAGUACACUACAUGGCUCUGUCUGCUGUACCAAUUCUGACCGGCUUUGGUGCUGAUGUUAAUGCUGUGGACAGCAGUGGGAUGACACCCCUGCUUAUGGCUGCUGGGAUACAUCAUAAGGAUAUCAUGGUUAGCUUGAUCAAGGAGGGAGCAGAUGUGAACAUGGGGCUGAAGCACUCUGGGAACACUCCUCUUCACUUAGCUGCUGUGGCAAUAUCUAUGAAGAUGACUCAAACCCUGGAGCACAACAUUAGCUGCAUCUCUGAGCUGCUUGAGCAGGGGGCCGAGGCCAACGUGGUGAACAACGCGGGAUUCACGCCUUUACAGGAGGCAUGCAGCAUGGGCAACAAGGAGCUGGUGGAUGAGCUGCUCAGGUAUGGCGCCAACAUCAAUAAGCUGAGCAAAGCAGGGGAGAACUGUCUGUUCCUGUUCCUGAACCACAGGACUAAUGCAAGGAACAGCUCUCUGCUGGGGAAACUCCUCAGUCUGACCUCCCCGCUCACUGUCUACAACCAGAGCGGCCACCUGCCCUCUACCUUGAUGCAACCAUGUUUCUUCAAACAGAGAGACCAGCUGCUAAAACUCACUCAGCAGACGAAGAGGCUUCAGGACAUCUGCAAGAGUUACAUUUAUCUACAACAUGUCCAAGGCAAGAGCGAAGAGUUGAGAAAACUUCUGCCUGAUAAGCUAUUCGACUUUGUGUUCAACCACUGGGAAACAAACAUUUCCUUUGUGACAGAUGGUGACCAAGACCAUUAUAAUGACUUAUUUGACGUUAGUUGACACCUGUGUGUCAAUGCAAACUACAAGUGACUGCAAAAGUUUGUAUUAAGCUACAGAGAUAACCUCAAA